AUGGCCCGCCUCCCCUGCUCCUGUGGACGCCGAGCCCCCCCACCGGCCCCGGCGCGAGCACUCGCUGUCGUUGCGCCACCGCAACUGCCGUGCGCACGCACACCCGCACUUCGUCGCCCACCGCUGCCUUCCCCCUACCACGCCGCGCUCGUCGCCGUCCCUGGUGUUGGCGCUGUCGUCCCGUGCCCCGCAUCCGCCUCUGGCCCCGCAGGCCACCGCCACGCCGGCGGCCAGUUCCGGCACCCCGCGGCGCCCCGGAGGGCCUCGACCCCCCUUCGCCAUGCCGCCGCCGAGCCUGCGGCCACUACGCCGGAGCCCGCCCUCGCCGCGACGCCCUCCCGCCCCUACGCCGCCCGUCCGCACCGCCCCAUCCCCUCCGCGCUCGAUCUAGAACUCGGGCUCGGCCCUGACGCCACCGCCGCGCGGAGCUCGCCGUCGUCCGCCCCGUCCUCUCCCUCGCCGGAGCCGCCCAUCGUCACCGUCGUCGUCUACCUCGUCCUCCUCCUCGAGCACACUGCCGUUCCCCUACACCGCAAGUGA